AUGGCUCUUCGCGGUGCCGGUGAUUCUGCACUUCGUCCCAUUCGACUGGUGCGAAUUGCACAUGUGUACUACACUCACAAGGAUAUCGAGAAGGCACGAGAAUUCCUCCAAGACUUCGGCUUCCAAGAGGCGCGGCGGGUUGGCAAGUCGACGUACUAUAGCGGAACAGGGCCCGAUCCUUUUGUGUACUGCGCAAGGGAAGGCGAUGAGGAUGAGUUUGGCGGAGCUGCCUUUGUCGUUGAAUCCAUCGAGGAACUCGAAUACGCGUCCAAGACACUGCCAGAUGCCACAGAGGUAUACAAACUUGACGAAGCCCCUGGCGGUGGCUACUGCGUGACAUUCAAGGACCCAGUGGAUGGCUUCCCAUUCCAUCUAGUCUGUGGUCAGGAUGCAAACACCGCCAGCGCUCUUCCGCAACUUAGGUACAAUUUCGCGAUGACGUUACUAAUGUUGAUCGGGUACCUCGCAGCGCCAGCGCCGGUUCACAAAUUGGGGCACUUUGGAAUGUGCGUGACCGACUUUGCGAAGGCCUUUGACUUUUACACGACGAGAUUCAACUUUGUCCCCAGCGAUCUCGUUCAUGAUCCCAGUGGGAAAGACAUCACCACGUUUCUUCACCUCGACCGCGGUGCAGAGCUCGUUGACCACCACUGUUUCUUCUUUUUUGAGGGUCCCAAGUCUCACGUCCACCAUUCAUCCUACGAAACUCAUGACUUUGACACUCAACUUCUGGGCCAUCAUUGGCUGCGCGAGAAGGGAUAUGAGAACUGCUGGGGGGUCGGUCGGCAUGUAAUGGGUAGCCAGAUCUUUGACUACUGGUUUGAUACAUCCCGAUUUAUCAUGGAGCAUUAUAUUGACGGGGAUUUGGUCAACAACGAGCAUACAACGCAUCGAAGCCUCGCUUCCAAGGAUAGUCUCCAUGUUUGGGGUAUGCCGCAUUGCCACAAAGUCUUUUAA